CUCUCGAUAGACUCUCUAUAGACUCUCUGUAGACUCUAGACUCUCUGUAGACCUGGGUUGUACUGGUCCCUCCCAGAUGGCGAGCACAGCAGCAGAUCUGGCCCGGUUGCAGACCCGGGAGGAGGAGGAGGGCAGUCUGAAGGCGGUCCGGUUCCAGCAACAGGACUUCCAGCAGCUGCGGGCUGAGAGUCUGAAUAGUGGAGAGCUGUUCUGUGACCCGGUCUUCCCUGCAGACUGCGAGUCUCUGGGGUUCAACACUCUGGGUCGGUACUCCUCCAAAACCAGAGGCAUCGAGUGGAAGAGACCUACGGAGCUGAGUUCACAUCCUCAAUUUAUCGUUGAUGGAGCGAAAAGAACGGACAUCUGUCAGGGAGCGCUGGGUGACUGCUGGCUGCUGGCGGCCUUGGCCUCUCUGACUCUGGACCCCCAGAUUUUGGACAGAGUGGUACCUCCCGGACAGAGCUUCAGCUCGCAGUACGCCGGGAUAUUCCACUUCCAG